AUGACACACUCAAAGCUGAAAGCCCUAAAGCCAAAAACCAGGGACAGCUCAGUGCAACAAAGCAACCACAGCCAGAGCCCAGCCUCCAGACCUGCUACCAAGAUGCCAGACUCCAGGCUGCUGGCCUGCUUCCUCUGCCUUCUCACUUCCACCUCUGCCUGCUACUUUCAGAACUGUCCAAGGGGAGGCAAGCGCUCCCUGUCUGACACUGAGAUGAGACAGUGUCUCACCUGUGGUCCUAGGAGCCAAGGGCGUUGCUUUGGGCCCAGCAUCUGCUGUGGAGAUGAAUUAGGCUGCUAUAUGGGCACUGCUGAGAGCCUGAGGUGCCAGGAAGAGAGCUACCUGCCCUCUCCCUGCCAGUCUGGCCAGAAACCUUGUGGGAAUGGAGGACACUGUGCUGCUGCUGGGAUCUGCUGCAAUGCUGAGAGCUGUAUGAUGGAACCAACCUGCUGGGACGAGACUGGCAGCCAGAGGAGGGCAAAGGCCAGUGAGAAGAGCAGUUGGACCCAGCUGGAUGGGCCAGCCAGUGCCUUCCUGCUGCACCAAGUGCAGAGGGCUGGUCAGCACAUGGGGGAACUGCAGCCUCCCAAAGAGGAAACUAUCUACUGA